CUUACUCAGUGUAUGAGUUCUGCUUCUUUAUCUAAUGAUCUGCUGAGUGUUUCUAGCACUUCCUGGUAUUUUAAUUUUGUUUAUAUAUUUGUAUAGAGCUCUGAUAGUUGUUCGUGCACAGCUGAAUGAAUCCACGAGAUAAUAAAUGAAGAUAAUGAAAUGAUAAUGUGUGUGAUGUAGAUUUUACCAGACUUUUAAUUCUGUUCUCUGUAUUUGCAGCGUUUUCAGGCUUUUACUUUCAGUAUUUGCAGGCCUCAGCUCCAUGGAUCAGAAAGCUGUCUGAUAACAACCCAUAACCGUGUGUGUGUGUUUAUUACCCUACCUCAGUACCCCUCCCCCUCUGCAGAAUAAACAGGUAGACAGUGAACGUGAAAGUCAGAAUCUUCAUUUAAUACACCAUUUCAGGAGUAAAAACACAAGACUAUUUCCUGUAAGUGAACUCUGUGCUGAUACAGGGUUUGAUUUAACACACCGAUGUUGGAGUGAAGUAAACGUGUGUCCUGCUGUAAUCUGGAGAAGGAGACAUGACCUCCAACAUGAGUGUGUCUGGAAAACAGGACUUAAAGAGAGACGAGAGAAUGAUGGAGGGAAAGAGAUCAGACUCACCAGAACCCAGCUGUGUGUCCAUGAAGAGUGAUGCGUCAAUGCAUCAUCCACUCAAGUUCAGAGACGGAGCCAGUUCUCCUGAUGUGAGACCACAACAGAAGACAUCAAACCUCAGCAGAAAUCAGUUGGACUCCAUAUUCAAGGAGCUGGAACACAAAGUCAUCAGUCUGAUAAAGAAUGAGCUGAAGAGGUUUAGGAGGCUCCUGAGUCCAGAUUACCCAGCAUGCACUGAGAGGGAGGUGGAGGAUGAGGAGGACCUGCACGGUGUCAGAGACGGAGCGCUGAAGAUCACACUGCACGUCCUGAAGAACAUGAACCACACAGAUCUCGCUAACACACUGCACAACAAACUCGCCUCUGUGUAUCAGACAAAGCUGAAAUCCAGCCUGAGAGAGAAGUUUAAAAGAAUUAAUGAAGGAAUCUCACAGCAUGGAAGCUCAGCACUUCUGAAUGAGAUCUACACAGAGCUCUACAUCACAGAGGGUUUUAGUGGAGACGUCAAUAAUGAACAUGAGGUGAGACAGAUUGAGACAGCGUCCAGGAGACCAGCAGCACAGGAGACACCCAUCAAAUGUAAUGAUCUCUUUAAAGACGAGUCCAUCAGAAGAGUGCUGACUAAAGGAGUUGCUGGAAUUGGAAAAACAGUCUCUGUGCAGAAGUUCAUUCUGGACUGGACUGAAGGAAAAGCAAAUCAGGACGUCACCUUCAUGUUUCCACUUCCCUUUAGAGAGCUGAAUCUGAUGAAGCAGAAACAUCUCAGUCUGAUGGAUCUUCUUCAUCACUUUUUCCCUGAAAUGAGAAAACUACAGUUAAUAGACUCCUACAAAGUGGUGUUGAUCUUUGAUGGUCUGGAUGAGUGUCGACUUCCUCUAAAUUUCCAGAAGAAUGAGAGACUGUGUGAUGUGACAGAGUCAGCCUCAGUGGAUGUGCUGCUGACGAACCUCAUCAAGGGGAAUCUGCUUCCCUCUGCUCUCCUCUGGAUAACCUCUCGAGCAGGAGCAGCCAAUCAGAUCCCUCCUGAGUGUGUGGACCAGGUAACAGAGGUACGAGGGUUCAGUGAUCCUCAGAAAGAGGAGUACUUCAGGAAGAGGAUCAGUGAUCGGAGCCUGGCCAAUAAAAUCAUCUCACACAUGAAGUCUUCAAGAAGCCUCUACAUCAUGUGCCACAUCCCAGUCUUCUGCUGGAUCUCAGCCACUGUUCUCGAGAGAAUGCUGGGUGAAGCAGAGAGUGGAGAGAUCCCCAAGACUCUGACUCAAAUGUUCACACACUUCCUGAUCUUUCAGAUCAAACACAAGGACCAAAAGUACCAUCAGAAAUGUGACCCUGAUCCUCAGCAGACCAGAGAGAGUAUCCUGGCACUGGGAAAACUGGCUUUCCAGCAGCUGGAGAAAGGAAACCUGAUCUUCUAUGAGGAAGACCUGAGAGAGUGUGGCAUUGAUGUGAGAGAAGUGUCAGUGUACUCAGGAGUGUGUACCCAAAUCUUCAGAGAGGAGUUUGGGCUUCACCUGGGGAAGGUGUUCAGCUUUGUACAUCUGAGUGUUCAGGAGUUUCUGGCUGCUUUAUAUGCAUUUCUCUCCUUCAUCAGCAGAAAUGUAACAGAACAACCAACCACUGAUCUGUCUGAUCUUCUCAACAAGUCAGACAUGUCUGAUCUCCUCAGGAGUGCAGUGGACAAGGCCUUACAGAGUGAGAACGGACACCUGGACCUGUUCCUCCGCUUCCUUCUGGGUCUCUCACUGGAGUCCAAUCAGACUCUCUUACGAGGUUUAAUGCCGCAGACAGGAAGCAGCUCUCACAGCAAACAGGAAACAGUCGAGUACAUCAAGGAGAAGAUCAGGGAGAAUCCAUCUCCAGAGAAAUCCAUCAAUCUGUUCCACUGUCUGAAUGAACUGAAUGAUCAUUCUCUAGUGCAGGAAGUACAGUCUUACCUGAACAGAGGAGGUCACAGUCAUCUCAGUGGAACCAGACUCUCUCCUGCUCAGUGGUCAGCUCUGGUGUUUGUGUUAUUGAACUCAGAUCAGGAGCUGGAUGAGUUUGAUUUGAGGAAAUAUGACCCAUCAGAGGAAUGUCUUCUGAAGCUGCUGCCAGUGGUCAAAGUCUCCAGAAGAGCUGUGCUGUGUGAGUGUAAACUGACAGAUGAAAGCUGUAGAGUUCUGUCCUCAGUUCACAGAUCAAACUCCUCCAGACUGAGAGAACUGGACCUGAGUGUCAAUAACCUGCAGGAUUCAGGAGUGAAGCUGCUCUCUGCUGGACUGGAGAAUCCACACUGUACACUGGAGAUACUGAGGUUGAGUUGGUGUUUUCUCACAGAGGAAAGCUGUAGAGUUCUGUCCUCAGUUCUCAGAUCAAACUCCUCCAGACUGAGAGAACUGAACCUGAGUCACAAUAACCUGCAGGAUUCAGGAGUGAAGCUGCUCUCUGCUGGACUGGAGAAUCCACACUGUACACUGGAGAUACUGAGGCUGUGUGUGUGUAAACUGACAGAGGAAAGCUGUAGAGUUCUGUCCUCAGUUCUCAGAUCAAACUCCUCCAGACUGAGAGAACUGGACCUGAGUGUCAAUAACCUGCAGGAUUCAGGAGUGAAGCUGCUCUCUGCUGGACUGGAGAAUCCACACUGUACACUGGAGAUACUGAGGCUGUGUGGAUGUGAUCUGACAGAGGAAAGCUGUAGAGUUCUGUCCUCAGUUCUCAGAUCAAACUCCUCCAGACUGAGAGAACUGAACCUGAGUCACAAUAACCUGCAGGAUUCAGGAGUGAAGCUGCUCUCUGCUGGACUGGAGAAUCCACACUGUACACUGGAGAUACUGAGUCUGUGGGAGUGUAAACUGACAGAGGAAAGCUGUAGAGUUCUGUCCUCAGUUCUCAGAUCAAACUCCUCCAGACUGAGAGAACUGGACCUGAGUAACAAUAACCUGCAGGAUUCAGGAGUGAAGCUGCUCUCUGCUGGACUGGAGAAUCCACACUGUACACUGGAGAUACUGAGUCUGUGUGUGUGUAAACUGACAGAGGAAAGCUGUAGAGUUCUGUCCUCAGUUCUCAGAUCAAACUCCUCCAGACUGAGAGAACUGAACCUGAGUAACAAUAACCUGCAGGAUUCAGGAGUGAAGCUGCUCUCUGCUGGACUGGAGAAUCCACACUGUACCCUGGAGAUACUGAGGAUGUGGAACUGCAGUAUUACAGAUGAAGGUUGUGCUGCUCUGGCUUCUGCUCUGAGGUCAAACUGCUCAUCACACCUGAGAGAACUGGAUCUGAAGGGUAAUAAUCCAGGAGAAUCAGGAGUGAAGCUGCUCUCUGAUCUACUGAAGGAUCCACACUGUAACCUGGAGACACUACACAUUAAGGGUAAUACACUCACCAGAACUGGCGUAUGACGGGAGUCUCACCUCAAACCUCUUCUCCAGGAUAAAGCAGUCUUGGUGAAGAGUUAGACCCCGUCCCACAUUUCCAGCAGUUUUGGAGCUGAAUCAUUAAACUUAAAGGGGCAGAGCAGAAACAAAGUCAAGAACAGGCAGAAGGUCGUACACAGGAGAAAUCAACACACGUAACCAAAUAUCUGCUGUACAAAGCAACGGCACCGAUCUGCCCCGGGGAUGGAGACUGACGAGGCUUAACCCUCUUACCCCUUAGUUCCCACAGUAUCAUAUCCCAUAACCCUAUAUUCCCCAGAGAAACAGCCAAAAUCAACAUUUUAAUUUGAACAUUUUUAGGCCUUGAAACAACUUAUAAUAACGUAUUUGUGUAAUAUUACUUUGAAAAUGAAGCAGUUCAGUGUUUUUACUAAACUUAGAGUACAAUUCUUAACUAGAGAAAUGACGAAAAAUGCUCGCUAAAAUCCUUCUACUCAUUUAGAAGUACCAUACGAGCAUCAGCGUGGUCAAUAUAUUUAUAAAUAAUAAAACUGUGUAUGCCCCCCCCCACUGUUUUAGAUGUACCUGUGUUCACUGUAGGUGUAACUUUAGCUGGAACACGAUUAGCUUUUCGCUUUGGCACUGUUAGUUCACUUCUACUAGCACACCAAUAUUCACGCUUGGGUCUUCAUCGUAAUGCCGGCGUAAUAACGUUAUCACGUUGUGACGUCGUCAACCUUCCGGGUCAAAAAAUAAUAAUUAAAUAAGAAGGAAUCAUAGCAGAGUAAUGCCGGUACACCGGCCUUAUGGGGAUAACGUUUACACUGUAAAUCCUCUAUAUCGGCCUUACGGGGAUUUGGCAUAGACGACCAAGCCGGUACAUCGUCCUUAUGGGAAUAGAUCACAGACGGGCAAGCCGGUUUUUCAGCCAUACGGGGUAAGAGGGUUAAGUACACGUCCGGAAACGUACAGCCAACUCAUCCCAAAGCACAAGGCGGGAGCAGGCGAGUACGAGAUGUGAUCGUCCAAUGGCAAGCCGGAACAUGACGCAUUGCAGUGGACUGGGCUUAAAAGAAGAGGAGACAAGACACCCAUCCCUCCCCCGACAUAGACACACGAAUGGAACAUAGUACAAACAGAAAUACAACUGAGGACGUAACAAUGGCCAAGUAUCAAAUAAAAUGUAAACUUGCAUUGAUGAAGGUAAUGUUGUUAGUAAUUGUUUAUAAAUUACAUGGUAACACAGAGCUUCAAGGUAUAAAAAUAUGGAGUUUGUCAUCAAUCAAACAGUAACCAGUUUUAAUACCUAAAAAAGUUUACGUAGCAAAAUUUAGCAAAGCGCUUUACAGUAAAUUAAAAUGUAAAAUUAAACUAAUGAAAUGUUGUGCAGCACAUGCUUAUGUUAAUGUUUGUUACAUUAUAUGAUCAUAUAAAUAAGUAAAUACUCCCAAAGUCACCAGAAUUGAAAGCUUUUUGCUGUUAAACAUUUAGAGAUUGAGCUUGUGGUGACUCAGUAGUUCACUCAGUAUAUCUGGGUAAGAGACAGUGAACGACUCACUGCUGGCAUUCAUGAAGAAGUCAUAAACUCCACUGGAAUAAUAAAUAGGAUCUAAUAAAAUCAUGAGUGGAAAUUAUUGGUGUAAGUUUGUUAGGAUAGACUUCCUCCAACCUGGAACUAUAUCCUCCAGUCCACACGGUGGCGGUAACGCGCCUAACAGCUGCGUCUCCGACCAGUAGAAAUCACAGAAGAAGAAAAAGCUGCAGCGGUUGAGUUAUUACACCGAACUAAUCAUCUCCAGAUUAAAUUAUUUCUGACAGUUUUACAGUUAGAUUUGAUCCAGUUUAAACGUAAAAGCUGGUUAUUUUGUCUGUGUUUGAGGAAUUAAAACUCCGUUCUGUUUUUAAACCCGAGAUUCUUACUGAGGUGCUGUUUUCCACAUGCAGUGCUUGGCUGUGUUGGAGGUCACCAAGAAAGACUUCCUGGCUGUCAUGUGGAAGCUAAGUGGGCUGGGGUCAAAAGGGUUUCUGGCCAUGGUGCUUGUGCUGCAGUGAUCUUGUUCUCCAUCACCACUCCAACACAGGUAGCCAUCUUCACCCUCUCCCAAGAGGUGAUGGUACGACUCUGAGUAAACACUCUAUUAUUAUAAAUAAAGUGUGACUGUGUCUUGUAGUCCACCCACCAACCUUUUUCUGUUCAGUGGUUUGACUUGUGCUACACAGAGGUGAGUCCAGUUAUGCUGCAAGAAGUGUAAGUAUGAUGGGGUUGACGAGUGGGAGGAGAGGUUCUUCCUGUGCAAGGUGCUGCUCUCUCUUCUUUCAGCAUAGCUCCUGGUCUCAGAACAGGUUUAGUUCAUCGUUGCUGGUGUUGUGUAGAGGAUGUUAUAUUGUGAAAGUCACAACUAUCCCUACUCAAGGUCUUGUGAAAUAUUUGACCUUAUUUGUGACUAUAUUCACCAUGAUACUUUCAGCGGUUACUACAUUAGUGUCCUUCAUUUUUUACUAUUUAAAGAUUGUUUAAAAGUUUAUUACAGGCUCAAUGAAUGUUCUUCUCCUUCACUAGAAGAUAAAGGCCCGGUUUCACAGACAGGGUUUUCAUUAAGCCAGGAUUAGAUCUUUGAUCAAUUAGGACAUUUCAGUAGCUUUUAUAAACGUGUCUUAGAAAAAAAUAUUUCUGGUGCACAUCCUGAGAUAAAACAAUGGCACUGACGUGUUUUAAGAUCCGUCCGUGCAAGUAGCUUUCAGUUAAAACAGCUCAAACAUACAUUUUAGUCUGGGACUACGCUUAGGCCUUGUCUGUGAAACCAGGGGGAAAAAGAAGGGUGUGCUUUAUUAUACUCUCUGCAGAAUAUGACAGAAGAAAUGUGACUCACACCUUUAACUAUAAAAAGCAGGUAGAACUGCAGUUAGCAUGAAACCUCAAAUGUGUAGCUGGGCUGGAAAUUUAUUUUUGUAUGCAUGUAUAAUAUUUUUUCUCUUACAGAUGGACCAGCAAACAGAUUUAAAGGCUGUUGUGAAUGAUGGGUUACAGAAAUGUCUUCCUGUGUUUAUUAUUAUUUGAAGUUAUAUAUUCUGAUUUGUAAGCAAGAUUAUGAAGUCUCCUUUUGCUAAUCAUUUUACAGCAUUAUUAAAAAGUCCAUGUACACAAUGUU